AUGGUCCUCCACACGCGCGGGUCCAACAUCAGCACCACAGACAGCUCUCUCUCCGGCUCCAGCAUCACCAUCGACUCCACCCUGCGGGACAACGCCGCACCCCAAGCCUUCCCCGGCGGGCUGAGCCGGAGCGGUCACACGGUGGUGGCAGUAUGUCUCGGCUUCAUUUUAGUGGCGGGAAUUCUCGGCAACUUCCUCGCUCUUCUUGUCUUCGCGAAGUUUCGUUCCCUCUGGACGCCCAUCAAUCUCAUCCUGUUGAACAUCAGUUUGAGCGACAUCCUUGUGUGCGUUUUCGGGACACCGUUUAGUUUCGCUGCGAGUCUGCAGGGUAGAUGGCUCAUUGGAGAGUGCGGCUGCAAGUGGUAUGGCUUUGCAAAUUCGCUCUUUGGGAUUGUGUCCCUGGUGUCCCUGUCUAUCCUCUCCUAUGAACGCUACACCACCGUGCUGCGUUCCUCAAAGGUGGACAUCUCAGACUUCAGGAAAGCCUGGCUCUGUAUCGGGGGCUCCUGGCUCUACUCUCUCCUCUGGACCCUGCCACCCCUACUGGGCUGGAGCACCUACGGGCCUGAGGGACCUGGGACCACAUGCUCCGUCCAGUGGCACCUCCGCUCCCCCACCAGCAUCUCUUACGUGCUGUGUCUCUUCAUCUUCUGUCUGCUGCUGCCCCUCCUGCUCAUGAUCUACUCUUAUGGACGAAUCCUGGUGGCAAUCAGGAGGGUGGGUAAGAUCAAUCUUCUGUCGGCUCAGCGCAGAGAGCAGCAUAUUUUGGUGAUGGUGUUGUCCAUGGUGUCCUGCUUCAUGCUGUGCUGGAUGCCCUACGGUGUCAUGGCACUGAUGGCCACUUUCGGUAGAUCUGGACUGGUGACUCCCAUGGCGAGCAUGGUGCCCUCUGUGCUGGCAAAGUUCAGCACUGUGGUCAACCCCGUCAUCUACGUGUUCUUCAACAACCAGUCUUGUUCUGCUUCUACACAGUUCCACAGGUGCUUUGUGGCCUUAGUGAAGUGCAGCGGGGAACCAGAGUCCGUUCAAACAGAGGAGCUCCAAACUGCGAGGACAACGUUCACAAGCUUCCUCCCCAUUCACAGACAAACUUCCCUCAGCUCCUCACAACCUCAGAUCCCCAGAAACACCUCCCUCUGCAGCCGGCACAAUGGCCGCCAGACGCUGGUUGUCCACUACACUCCAUAACAGUUCUUCAUCUUUUACAGCUGACCAAACAUGGAAUUUACAACAAGUGUUUAAUCAGAACUCUCCUCAUUCAGUGUUCAUUUCUCCUAACUCACAACACUCAUUAUUGAUUGAUGAUAAAGUGAAAAUAUAUGUCCAUUUGUGUACUCUGUACCAUUUGAAUGUAACUUAGAAACAUAUAGUCCUGCCAUGUGGCCACGUGUCAACCUUCAAUAUGUAUAUGUGCCGAUGUAAAAAAGCUCUCGGCUCUCUGAGAGACUCUGAGAAUCUACAUCCAGAUGCACAUCACAACUUUCAAGUCAAUGAAUCUGUCGUGGUUUACAUAAAAAUAAAAUACAACUGCACGUAUCAGUUGGAAUUAAAAACCAAAUCAUAAAUGUGUUUACAUAUAUUUCAUGACCUUCAAAUCAUAAAUGUCAUAUCGUGCUAUAUGAUAAUUAUGGUGGAGAAAAAGUAGUCAUUUAUCAUAAAAGAUAGUGAUGCAACAACAACAAUACUAUCUUUAUAUUAUAUAUCAU